UUUUUUUGUAAACAUGCACAUGUGAUCAUAUUUACAUAGUAAAAUAGUUUAAUCACUUAUUUUUAUUAGAAAGUAAAAUAAAAUGGAAAAAGAUAUUCCUGUUAUUUAUGGCUUGGAAUUUCAGGCUCGAGCUCUUUCAGCACAGAUAGCAGAAUUAGAUACUGUUAGAUUUUUUGUUGGGACACAAUCACUAAAACUUAAUAAUAAUCAGGUACAUUUAGUUGAACUAAAUGAAGAAACUGGUAAUUUAAAAACCCAAAUAUUUCAACAUCCAAUUGGAGAAAUUUGGUCAAUACAAGCUUCACCUACUGAUCCAGAUAAAUUUAUAACCUGUUACAAUACAUUAACAAAUGAAGGUAUAUGUCAAAUGAAAGGAGCUAUAUGGAAACUAUUUAUAUCCCAAGAAAUGAAUGAUAUUAUUCCACUUGAAAAACUGGCUGACAUAGAUACUACAUCUUAUGGUAAUGAUCUUAAAAAUAUUGCCUACCAUCCAAUUGACAAUAAAAAAGCUGUAUCAGUUGUAGACAAUAAUUUUGUUUUAUGGGACUUAAGUUAUAAGCCACAGGUUGUUACUGUAGGAACACUUGUAGGUAAAGGACAACCAAGAUUUACAAGUGGUAAAUGGAAUCCACAUAAUACUUGUAAUCAAUUUGUUACACUGAAUGAGAACAAUGUUCAAGGUUGGGAUUUUAGGGAUCCUAAAGAACCUGCAUGGUCUAUAAUAUCAGCACAUUCACAAAUAAUUAGGGAUUUAGAUUUUAAUACAAAUCGCCAGUAUUAUUUAGCAACAUGUGGUGAUGAUGGUUAUAUGAAAUUUUGGGAUAUUCGAAAUCUGUCUGAACCAGUAAUGUCAAAAAUAGAACAUUCUCAUUGGGUUUGGUCUAUCAGAAUAAAUCAUUUUCAUGAUCAAUUAGUUUUAACGUCAAGCAGUGAUUCAAGAGUUAUUUUGUCUAGUAUUGCUUCAAUUUCCUCUGAACCCUUUGGUCAUACAAUUCCUUUAGAAGAAAAUGUAUCAAUUUCAGAAACUUGCACUAAAGAAAGAUUAGAAGAUGGAAUAAUAGGUAAAUAUGAAGAACAUGAAGAUAGCGUUUAUGCUGUUGAAUGGUCAUCAGCUGAUCCUUGGACAUUUGCAUCAUUGAGUUAUGAUGGUCGAUUAGUUUUAAACAAAGUGCCCCGAAAAUAUAAAUACCAGAUCUUGUUAUAA